GCCUUCCGGGACUUGUUUGGCUGAAAGUGUGUCAUCUUGAUUUGAGCAGCCAUGUCGUCGCCUUUCGUUGAUUAUGAAAAUUUGGAAGACGUUCAAGAAGUUGUGAGUGGAAUCGGAUACCACAUCCACCGUGCCAACUUCAUCCUCAGUCUAAUCUCAGUAUUAGUUAACCUGGCGCACAUCACAAUUCUAUGCCGAAAAUCAAUGAGGACAUCUGCGACAAACGUUAUUCUGAUCGGUUUAUCCAUUAGUGAUAUGUGUAUUGUAAUGACUACUGUAUACAAACAUCUAUUCAUGAUCGACUUUGAAAAUUCGGAUUGCAUGACUUCAAGCUUGAGGUGGAAGAUCUACGUAGACAUGACAGUAUGGUCUAUUCAGAUUCAUUUUCGAAGAUGCGUUAGUUGGCUAGGUGUGCUAAUGGCAACUGUCAGAUUUGUUAUCGUGAAAAAAAUGACUACAAGCAGAUUUGGUAACUGGUCAAAGCCAAAAGUUGGCUGGUACAUGAUUCUUGUGGUAUCUUGCAUCAGUGCACUUCAAACUGCUUUCUAUCAAUCUAGAUGGAUGGUUGUGGAAAAUCGAAGUAUUCCACUGCCAGUGAAUUGUGCUCUAUACCAGAAAAUCAGUCGACGUGUUCAAUUUUCCGUAAUGUUGAACGACUUUUUCAAUUCUGAUGAUCAAUUUGUUUUGAGAUCCUAUUUAACGGUUGAUGCAGUUGUUACCAAGUUCAUACCUUGCGUCGCCUUCUCGAUUCUUACCGUUUUACUCCUCCACGCUCUCCAAAAACUAAAAAAGUCCGGAGAGAGCAUUGGCAGGAAAACUGGGUCUACAAAUGAAGAUAAGAAGGAUUUGAGUACAAAACUCAUAAUUUUCAUGACAAUCAGUUUCCUUAUAAUUGAGGCGCCGCUUGGAGUAAUAUAUCUCGUUAAAGCGUGCUAUGAUCGAAAUGAUGCGAUUUCAAUUUUGUCAUCAGAUUUUGUCGUGUACUUUUCGAUGUUGGUAACAGUCAAUUCAAUUAUUCACCCAAUCUUCUGCAUUUUAAUGUCAAGCCAGUAUCGGGACACAAUUAGGAAAAUGCUGGGAGUCACUAAAAAGACAAAAAUUGCAUCGCAGAAAAACAAGACCAGUGGGGUUUCGAUACAAGGAAUUCAGAUGACUUAGUGAUAAUUU